AUGGUUCACUUGUCGUAUCCAGUACUAAAUACGAGAAUUUUCCUCGCUCAAAAUCAUGACUUCCUUAAUUGUCCCGUACUGAAAAUGCUCCUUCAAAAUGCUCGUUCCAACCGGGCCAUAACAUUUUUGUAG